AUGAUCAUGUUAAAACCGUUUUUUCUUGCCUUCUUUCUAGCUUAUAUUGGGAUCGUAUUAGGAGAAAGCGAAGCGGUGAUUUCAACCUCUACAUCACCAUCUAUACCAAAUGAUCCUAAAGCGAUUGAAGCUUGUUUACAAGGAAAUAUGGGUCAAAAUGAAAUGAUUGACGAGUGUUGGCAAGACGCGAAUGAUUGCGACGAUCUAGUUCGAAAUAUGCACUGCAUUAUCGCAGCGAAAACGAGAAUUUGUGGCGGUGAUUUGGCAAAGAAUUACACGAAAUGGAUCUACGUGGAGAUCUUUCAGCAAAUGCUGAGAACACAAACUCAUCGUUGCACGGACAGACUAAUCGCCGAGCUUGAAAUGCAAAAACCCAAACCGUGUGAGCGUUGCUUGGACUUUGAAAAUAUUUUCUAUACUGAGAUUGGUGAAAAUGCUCUUUCUAAACACUUUUCAAAAUACUGGAUACAUGAAAAUGGAUGUAAAGUCGGGGAACUCUCUUGGAAAAAUCCCGACAAAUCAAAGAUUAGACUCCGUUUGGGAGAUGCGGAAGAUCAAUUGAAGGAUAUUUUCUUGAAAUGCGAUACGAAAGUGUCAAUCUUUUGUGACAAUAACGGGAAAUGGUUGUUGGAAGGAGAUGAUGGAAUUAGCUUGAAAAAUUACAGUUUAACACGAAUUCAAGCUCAUCCCCUUUCCAAAUCAACUGGUGAUUGCGAUAGAAAGCUUUGUGAACUCUGUCUUCCUUUUGAUAAACUCGCAACAAAUCGGACAAACAUAUCGAAAUUUUGGCACAAAAUCGUCACUGAAAAUGUACAGACAAAAAAUGGGUAUUGUAUGGCAGCUCAUAUCACUUGGGAAAGCAAAAAUCAAUCGAAAAUUCGAGUGAAAAUGAUUGAUGUUAAGGGUACAACUUAUGAAUUGUAUUUGAAAUGCGAGGAAAGAGUGACGCUUUUUUGCAACAAUGAUCGUAGAUGGAGAUGGGAAAAUCCGAAAAAAGAACUCGUUUAUUUGAAAGGAAUUGAAAGCGAAAUGUUAUCCGAAUCCGAGAGGACAUGUGAGGAGGAACACGAUGCUCUUCAACGACAU